UCGAGGCUCCAGCCAAUCAAAGUCACUCGAAAAUUUCUUUUUAGAAAUGAGUGCGCUGUUGAUUCUAGCGUUUUGCGCUAUCAUAUAUAAAUUAUUUUCACGCAGAACUAUCAAAUGGAGAAGGGCUACUAAGUAUGGAGAGGAGAAGGUGGAGGAUUUAAAGCAAGCGCCCGGUCCGAUAGCUUUACCGAUAGUCGGGAGCUUGCAUCUCCUGGGCAAACACGAAUCCCCGUUCCAGGCUUUCACGGAGCUGAGCAAAGACUACGGUGAUAUAUACAGCAUAAAGCUCGGAUCGUCCGAGUGCUUGGUCGUCAACAAUUUGGAUUUGAUAAGGGAGGUCCUCAACCAGAAUGGCAAGUUCUUUGGCGGCCGUCCCGAUUUCCUCCGUUUCCACAAACUCUUCGCCGGCGACAGGAAUAAUUCCCUCGCUCUAUGCGACUGGUCCAAUCUCCAACUCCGAAGACGCAAUCUCGCCCGUCGUCAUUGCGGUCCGAAACAUCACACCGAUAACUUCUCAAGAAUUGGUCAGGUAGCUACUUUCGAAGCCAUCGAGCUGGUGCAUACUCUGAAGAACAUCACUAGGAAUUCCACUGACAGCAUCAAUUUAAAGCCACACCUGAUGGCCACUGCUAUGAAUAUGUUCUCCAACUACAUGUGCAAUGUCAGAUUCGAUGACAACGAUGCUGAAUUCCGUAAAAUCGUCGAUAAUUUUGAUGAGAUCUUCUGGGAGAUCAACCAGGGUUACGCGGUCGAUUUCCUCCCUUGGUUGGCGCCGUUUUAUAAGAAACAUAUGGAUAAAUUGUCUAACUGGUCCCAGGAUAUAAGGACGUUCAUUUUGUCGAGGAUAGUCGAACAGAGGGAGACGAAUUUGGAUAUGGAUGGUCCGGAAAAGGAUUUCUUGGAUGGUCUUUUACGUGUUCUCCACGACGAUCAGACGGUAGACCGAAAUACUAUCAUAUUUAUGCUAGAAGAUUUUCUUGGUGGGCACUCUUCUGUUGGGAAUCUAGUGAUGCUGUGUCUCGCAGCGAUCGCCAGAGAUCCAGAGGUCGGGAAGAAGAUCAGGUCUGAAAUUGAUGGUGUCACAAAAGGAAAACGACCAGUGAAUUUGACCGAUAGACCAUCCCUACCGUAUACUGAAGCUACCAUCUUAGAAUGUCUAAGAUACGCCUCAUCUCCAAUCGUACCUCACGUUGCUACUGAAAACGCUAAUGUAGCUGGUUAUGGUGUCGAAAAGGGGACAAUUGUUUUUAUAAACAACUACGAGUUAAACACUUCAACAAAAUAUUGGGACGAACCGCAGAAGUUUGAUCCAUCUAGAUUUUUAGAAAGAACUAAAAUUAGAGCUAGACGAAACUCACUUUGCGACUCGGGUAUGGAGUCCGAUAGCGAGAGAACCGGUCCCAUAAACAGAGCGACAGAAAUAGAGAAGGAAGUUGUGUCUGUGAAAAGGAACAUCCCACAUUUCCUGCCGUUCAGCAUCGGCAAGCGGACGUGUAUUGGCCAGACGUUGGUGACGACAAUGAGUUUCGUUAUGCUCGCCAACAUUGUCCAAGAGUUCGAUGUCGGUGCUGUAAAUUUGGAGGAUUUGAAACAGAAACCAGCGUGUGCUGCUCUCCCCAAGGACACCUUCAACUUAUACCUCCUGCCAAGAAAAUAUUGAACUCAUUCUAAUAUAAAAUCAAAAUCCCCAAAACUUUGUGCCCAUUGGACAAGUUUCCAUGGGCACGACUUUUGGGCUUGUCGCUCAAAACUAAUUUAUUAAUUUUGAAACGUUUAUAAGUUAUAGGCUGGAAAUUUAAUAGAAUUUAUAUAUAAGACAACGACUGCUUUACGUUCUGUGGAUUAUUGUGUGGAUGUGUGUCUGACAAGUAAAUGGAAUAAUUACUCAA